AUGUGCAGGUCAGAAAGUUGAAGCUGUAGUAGAGAGAGGAAAGCAGUGAUGUAGCCGCAGGGACGGACUUGUGCUUGGCAGGAUGGUUUGAAAUGACACGCUUUCACUCCAUCCACGUCGCCCUUUGCCGCCUGAACCUGAGAAGCAAAUGGAACCUGGAAGCUUCUCACAGCGACCAUCGCCAUCACUAUUACUCGUAUUUGUUACUUUCCAUUUGCCACGGUUUGCAUAUCGUUUGCACUAUACAUUCUUUGUAACAGCAACACACCACCAACUCUGUUCAUAUGCAAUAUCAUCAUCUACCAGAAGACGCCACCUUUCUAUUGUAGAGUCCAGUAUGGCCGCCGUUUCAGGUGGCAAGGCUGAGGCCACCAUAGCUUCGCUUCUUUCGCUACAAUCAACCUAUUCAUUCACCUCUGCACGACAGUAUCUCGUUACGUCCUUUAUGCAGUCUUCCGUCUCUGGGCGUGAAGAUUGGUGAUGGCAAUCAGUGCGUCAACAUUCUCGAUAUCAACACUAUCUAGCCUUGUAGAUCCGCCAUUGCUAGCGAUGGAGAAGUACUUCUUUUCAUUCAAUAUACGAAACUCGCAAU